AUGGAAAUUGAUGAAAUGCCAUCAAUAGAAAGAGAUGAUAUGAUCCCAUUAGGACGUAUUGAUGUAGAUAAUAUAUUGCGUGACCAAUCAAUGGAAAAUGUAGAUGAAGAAGAUGACAACUUCAUUAAUAUAAGUGAUAUCGAAGGAGAUUCUUGCAGUAUUACACUAUGGCCGGAUCGGGGAAACAAGGAGCUGCAAGGUGUGGUGGAAGACAAUUAUCCUUAUUGCUUCUGGGUCGGGUUCAUUAGCAUCUUAGAAAAAACACAGGGUCGUGCUAAUGGUGGUACAUUGCCACUUGCACAAAAGUCUCAUUAUUCCACAAGUGUGCAUACUGUUCUUUUGCAAGAGGGACAUGUUGAACAUAAUGCGUUUAUGUUCUCAACAAAAUCAUCUACCAACAUUAUUCACACUUUCUCUUUAGAGUCAUCCUCAAUGAGGAGGAAAUGGGGACCAACCCAAAAUAUUGCGCUUGCCAAAAAAAAGCAAGCCGACGAGAAGCUUAAUGUAGAGAUGCUUGAAGAGCUUGGGUGA